UUACAGUGGUAGAAGAUGCCGGAUUAAGUUGGUUACGAAAAUCAUACCAAAGGAUGAAGGAGCAGGCUGAGAGAGAGAAAAGAAAUGUUGAGGAAAUUGUAGCUGAGAGAUAUGGGUCAAUGGAGAUAUUUCAGUCACGAUUAGAUGAAGCUGAAAAAAUUGCAUCGAGAAAGGAAAAUUACUAUGGAAGUGGAAGAUGGAAGAAACCUUACUAUUCAGAAAGUGAGAAAGAGAAGAAAGAAUGGAAUAUGAAAAAGGAGACACGAGAUGAAGAUGGUAGGAACAGGAACACUUUUGGGGGCUAUACAAGGGAGAAGUAUGGCAAGGGAUGGGCGCAAGAAGACAAAGAUCACAAAAGAGAUAUGCCAAGAGAAGACCAAGAACAUGGACAUGGUAGCACAGACUCAGUAUUGAGAGGCUCCAAAGCAGAACAAUAUUCCCAUGAAAAACGAAGUCAGGGAAAGAGUUCAUCUCUAAGCAACAUGAAACACAGAUUUCUGAAACCCUCUGAAGAUGAUUUAUCAUCUUCACCUAGAGUCCGCGAGUCACAGCAGUCCUCUUCCAAACUGACAGUUCAUAGCUCUUUGAGUAGCCGUUUCCAAAAACCUAGUGAGGAUACUGCGCUGUGGAACAAAACGCACAGAGAAGAUAACAGUGAGAAAUUAAUGUCUGAUCAAAAAUCAUCAGGUACUAAGGAACAAGUUCAUGACAGUAACAGGGAAAGAUCUCCAAGUAAUGUAAUAGAGAAGUUGCAUCAGGAAUACCCACGCGAUAUCUCCGUGAAGAAACAAACAUUAUCUGACAGUAAAGCAUCGGCUUCUAGAAACACAUCAAAUGAUGAGCCACCUCGGAUCCUUACUGAAGAGGAGAUGAACAAACUGGGAGCAAGGAUUGUGAAAGCGGAACUCAUGGGAGACAUGGAGUUAGCUUCAGAACUCCAAGAAGAACUUCAGAAUGCUCGCAAAUUGAGAGAAACUCAAGGGCAGAUUCCGGCAAAUUCUGGCAGAGAGCCUUCAAGACAUCAAGAAGCAGAACAAGUGGUCCUUGUCAGAACAGAUCAAAGUGGUAGGGCAUGGCCUGUGACCGCACCAGCUGAACCACAGGAGUCCAAAGGAGGAAGGAGAAAGCGACAGAUGAUCCCUACUCAUGUAGAUAAAGAAAGAGUAAGGUAUUUUCAGGAUGAUGAUAGUAUGAACCUGAAGGAUAUGGUCAAAAAUGAGAAGAUGAGGACAGCAGAGGAUCAAAACUCACUGUUCUUGCGUAUGGCAUCAAAGCUCAUGGAUAAAACUGACAGGGAGUACUACACUUUGGAUGACAUGUUUGUUUCCAAAGCAGCCAAAAGAGUGCGCAGUGGGGAAGAGGAAGAAAUACAAAGAAGAAAAGCAAUACGUGAGCACCAGCAGCUUGCUGCACGCAUGGAAAAGUGCCCAUACUGCUACGAUAGUAGUGAACUGUCUAAACAUCUUAUUGUUGCAAUUGGCACAAAGGUAUACUUGUCUCUACCAAGCAACCAGUCACUUACUGAAGGUCACUGCCUGAUAGCCCCUCUACAGCACCAUACUGCAGCCACUCUUUUGGAUGAAGACAUCUGGGAAGAAAUCCAGAUGUUCCGAAAUGCAUUGGUGAAGAUGUUUGAAGCUAAAGACUUGGACUGUGUGUUCCUAGAAACAAACCUGAGUCUGAAGAAACGAUAUCACAUGGUAUAUGAAUGCAUUCCUCUUCCAAAAGAAGUAGGAGAUAUGGCUCCAAUCUACUUCAAGAAAGCUAUAAUGGAAUCUGAUGAAGAGUGGUCCAUGAACAAGAAGUUAAUUGAUCUUUCUUCAAAAGACAUUCGGAAAUCUGUUCCUAAAGGUUUACCAUACUUCUCUGUGGACUUUGGUCUUCAAGGAGGAUUUGCUCAUGUCAUUGAAGAUCAACAUAGUUUUCCUCAUUACUUUGGAAAGGAAAUUAUUGGUGGCAUGCUGGACUUGGAGCCACGGCUCUGGAGAAAAGGAGUCAGACAGAACUUUGAGGAUCAGAGCAAGAAGGUGCUGCAGUUUGCACAGUGGUGGAAACCAUAUGACUUUACCAAGAAGAAAGAAUGAAUGCAUCCCUGCAGUCAAGGACUGUAUAUAAGCCAUAAAUAUUAUUAAUUAUAUGUUAAGAAAGACAUAUGUUAACAUAUGCUAAGAAUAACACCAGUGUGUUAUGUAUUGCUAAUAUAUUUUAAAACUCAGGAUAUCAUUUAAUUGCUGAUUACCUGUUCCUGGUUUGGACGCUGUGGGUCUCAUGAACCUGCAAGCCUGACAAACCAGAAGUGUACAGUGGUUUUAGUUUUUCAUUUUUUAGCUGAGCCAAAAGAAUAAAAUCCAUGUGGCCAGAAGGAAGAUUCUAGUUUUGGAGUUUUGCAAUCUUUGAGGCAAAUGAUUUUUUUUCUAUAUUGUAUUCAGCAUAGAGCCAGUGCUCAAUUAUCAGUGUCCUUUUGUAGAAAAUGGUGUAUAUUUUACAAAUAUUUUGAUUAAUACAAAUACAUUGUUGCAGAAUGAAGCUGAACAGAAAACACUUUUUGUAAUUUUGAGUCCUUGUAUUCUUUAAGUUGAGGUCAUUGGAGUAAUACAUUCACAUAGGAUGCUGUUGAUAUAUCUGCUGCUGCCCCCUGGACAAGAAUGAACGUAGUAUUUUGUACUUUCAAUAUGAAGUAGUGUUUUUCAAGCUUGUCUGUUGCUCAGAGGAUGAUGAGACAGUCCCUAAUUGUGGCAAAUGACAGCUUUAAUGGUAACAGUUAUUUUUGAUGACAAUAAAAAAUAAAGAGAGUGGAAGAACCUUAAUGGAAAACUCUCUGAUGUCCUGCAAAGAAAAUAAUCACAGGGAUUUCACCAGGUGACUCUUCUCCCCCAAGCUUCCCCUCCAGUGUGGCAGGUGGUCCACCAUAAUACUUUUCCAAUAAUAACUAUAUUGUUUUCGUCAGGACCUGCUCAAACUCCCUGCUGAUUGUUCGUGUUUGUGAUGCUCUUAGCACUGAUUGGAGCACUCUUUCAUCAAAGGCAAGAGUUGCCUGUUAAUUGAUUGUUAAGCUUUGUGCAUGGGUAUCACUGGGAAAUGCCUGUCCACUGUUUAAGGGACAACUGUCUACCGUGUUAUUUACUAGGCUUUUCUUUUUCUUCUGUCUAAAAAUUAGCAAAUGGGGGUAGGGAAGCAUGAGGGUAAGAAGGAUGAUUUCUUGCAUCAGUGUUAAUCACUUCCGUGGGAAACCAGACAUAGCAGGUUCAGGCUUUGCAGGUGCAGAGCUGGGAGAAAAGGACAAGGACAGAAGGACACAGAUGAAAACAUUGCCACAGUGUCCUCCCAGUGCAUAAGGGAAAGGGUGCAGACUUGUGAACAAAGCACUGCAGUGCUACAGGGAGAGGCUCCAGAUGGCAAGUGGAAGGCCUGUAGCACAGAAGUUAAGAAAUUGUUGUGUCUCAAUGUGCAUCCUGAUGAACCAUUGCUCUGUACAGCUGUUAACUACUGUGAACUGCUCAGAUUAAGAAGUUAAUCACUACAUAUUACGGGGUUGAAUAAAUGUUCAU